UCUUCCAUCCCGGCCUCAGAGCGCCCGGGGCAGCGGGGGAAGCGGACCAGACCGCUGCAUCCUGCGCGGAUCCACACUUUUGCCCUUUCUGGCGCUUUUAUAGAAGGUUGUUGGUCUUACAGACAACUUCACGGCUCCUCGCCGACUCUCCAUGAGCUCGGUGACGCGGAGUUUAGUGACAUUUCUCUCGGUUUUGCCUUUUCGGUGACGUUGCCAAACUGGAGCCGCUGUGGGUCGCAGCGCACCGGGCAGCUCUACCGCAGCUUCCGUGAGCUGUCUGUGUGCAGUGAAGCAAAACUGUGAUUUCCUGAGUUUCGGGUUGGGUUUCGAUCUCUGAUUUAUCAACUGAAACUAGAAACCACAGAUGGAUAGGCUUAACUUGUUUUGGAACUCAGCUCACUUUUAUCGCCUCGGUUAGAUACAGACACACAAUGCUGUCAGCGGUGCUGAGGCUGCUGUGUUUGUCGCUUUUCAGCGAGGCUGUUGCUCAGCUCCACUGGCACCAAACAAAGACGACUCUCACCGCGCACCGUGAGCCCUCCGCCGCUGACGGGAGCGUCCAGAGCCUGAGGUGGCGUGCGGUCAGCGGGGAGAACAGCGGAGGGACGCACGGAGCCGGCGCACAGGCCUCAGUGAGGGCAUGGCCGGACACUGUGAACGCCUCGGAUGGAGGGGAGACUCCGGGGAGAGAAACGUCUCGACGCUCUGCGCGUAAAAGCGAUGCGCCAGGCGGAGAGCAGCGCGUCAGGGCAGCCGGCGCUGGACGGGCAGUUUUACGCACGAAGAGAAACGUGGCCGGCGACUCACAGAGGAGAAGACGUGGCUGUCUGGAGGCCUCGGAGGCAGGAACACACCAGCCGAACCGGAAUGGACUUAUCUGUAACCCGGACAGAGCGCGACACAGCCGGCGGAAACGGAGCGCGGAGCUCGGGCAACGCACCCAGAGGGAGCCGCCGCGGCAGGCAGCGGCGGUGUGGGAGACUCUGCCGGAUCCUCUGGCGCAGGAAGCCACCGCUCUCCCCGUCAACUACACCAGCGACUAUGAAGAAUUCACGGUGCCGGACUUUGGCGACAUGACGCCGUUCGUCCCGCCGGAUACCCGGACGAGACGCAAACAGGUGAAGAAUCCGUUCUACCCGCUGACCGCGGAGUCGUACGGUGCGUAUGCCGUCAUGCUCACCGCGGCCAUCAUCUUCACCGUCGGAAUCAUCGGGAAUAUCGCGGUCAUGUGCAUCGUCUGCCACAACUACUACAUGCGGAGCAUCUCCAACUCCCUGCUGGCCAACCUGGCGCUCUGGGAUUUCGUGGUGAUCUUCUUCUGCCUGCCGCUGGUGGUUUUCCACGAGCUGACCAAGGACUGGCUGCUGGGCGAGCUGUCCUGCAGGAUCAUCCCCUACCUGGAGGUGGCGUCCCUCGGGGUCACGACCUUCACGCUGUGCGCUCUGUGCAUCGACCGUUUCCGCGCCGCCACCAACGUGCAGAUGUACUACGAGAUGAUUGAGAACUGCGCCUCCACCGCCGCCAAGCUGGCCGUCAUCUGGAUCGGCGCCCUGCUGCUGGCGCUGCCCGAGCUCCUGAUCCGGCAGCUGGUGACGGAGGACGGCGACCCGCCGAGCGUGACGCCCUGCGAGCGCUGCGUGGUGCGGAUCUCCACCAAGCUGCCGGACACGCUCUACGUCCUGGGCCUGACCUACGACGGCGCUCGCCUCUGGUGGUACUUUGGCUGCUACUUCUGCCUGCCGACGCUGUUCACCAUCUGCAGCUCGCUGGUCACCGCGCGCAAGAUCCGCCACGCCGAGAGGGCGAGCGUCCGCGGCAGCAAGAAGCAGAUCCAGUUGGAGAGCCAGAUGAACUGCACCGUGGUGGCGCUGGCCAUCCUCUACGGAUUCUGCAUCAUCCCGGAGAACAUCUGCAACAUCAUCAGCGUCUACAUGGCGGCCGGCGUUCCCCGGCGGACUCUGGACAUCCUGCACCUGGUGAGCCAGAUGCUGCUGUUCUGCAAGUCGGCGGUGACGCCCGUGCUGCUGUUCAGCCUGUGCCAGCCCUUCACCCGAGCCUUCCUGGACUGCUGCUGCUGCUGCUGCGAGGAGUGCGGCCCGCCCAGGUCCAACGCCACCGCCACCACCAGCGACAACGAGAACGAGUGCACGACCACCGAGCUGGAGCUGUCGCCCUUCAGCACCAUGCGCAGGGAGGUGUCGCCCUACAGCACCGUGGGGACACGCUGCUGAGCCGAGGACCUCGGCGGUGCGUUCAGGACCAGAGCUGCUGCGCGGAACUGACAUUCACAGAUGAUUCAACUCCUGAGUUCACGUUGGGUUUUACCGCAGGGCAGAGCCCAGUCUGUCCAUCCUGUUUACACAGCUUAUCUAGUCUGAGGGAAGACACACAGUGAAUAUUAUAAGAUUUAUAGCAAUAUCUUUUUAUUAACUCACCAGUAUUGUUUUGGAAUUUGCACUCAGUCUUACAUUUGGUUUAUUUUUUUGUGUUUGAGAUGUUCUGGAUGUUCUUGGUCGUGUGAGUGAGUCAGAUGGAGGUAAUAUACUGAAAGUGACGUGUCGUAUCCUGUUUUGUGUUUUUGCUGUUUGUGAUUCUGGUGAAUCAGUUCACACUUCUACCUAGUUCUCUUGCUAUGGAAGUCUAUUUUUAUUCACUGUACAUUUGAUAGCAGAAAACUGCACUGCACAUGCCGCUCAUUCUGUACUGAUGAGGAGCUGUUCUUUUUUUUUUUUUUUUUUU